UUUUUUUUGUUAUACUUUAAACAAGUAAUCUUUAUGGAAGAGGUGGUCCUAUAGUUACAUAACAAUAAUGCUAGGUGUGGAAAAACAAAAGCAAGAUCAGAGUUCUACUUUAGAACCAUUAUAUAAAUAUUUAUUAGAACAAAAAUUCUCUUCAGCAACGAGUGCUUUCGAAUUUUGCCAAAAGUUAUGUUUACAAUAUGGCUUCCCUAUAAAACAAAAAACAAAUUCGAAUCAAAUGAUUUAUGUACAUUGUUCGUAUAGGCCUCCAUUCAAUAUUCAAGGCUCUCCAUUAUCACCAUUGAAAAAACAACGCUCAUCUGUUAAUAUGACUGAUGCUUAUCAUAGUAAUGAUUGUCAAUGGCAUAUCAUCUUAUGUAAGACUGUAUUGUCAGAAUGGAUAUUUAAGCAAUCUAAUAUUUCAACUAUAAAUGAACAUAAUCAUGAAUUAUCCUCUGGUGUAAAUAUUACGAAAUUAAAAAUCUUGACUGAGAAUACAAAUGAUAAUCUUCAACUUCCUAUCGAGAUUCAGGAACAAAUUAAACAAUUAUUGUACCAAAAUAGUAAUAUGCAAACAGACAAAAUAUAUGAAACAAUUAAGCAACAGUUGCAGCUUCUUUCAAAAGGCACUUUAGAUUGUAACAAGGAACGUGAAUUUUAUAAUUACGUGACUAAAAUAAGAAAACAAUUAAAAGAAGAAGAGAUUACGAAAGGAAUACAACAAUUGAUCUUGGUCUCCACUCGUCUUUGCUCCAUUAUUGCUUCAAAUAAAAUUUGGACUACUUGUGUAGCUAACGAAUUGACCAACAUGAUAGAAGAUUAUCAACAGAUCUUAGGUCUAUCAAAUCAAGAACUUGAUCAGAUAGUCAGUCUUCAACCCGAUAUGAUCUGUUCAUUAACUGAUAUAACAACGACUCAUAAUGCUCAUUCAAUAUCAUGUCACAAGUCUGCUAUAGAAAAGAAAAACGUUCCUGUAGAGUUACAGAAUCAAAAUUCAUUAGUAGAUAAAAGACAAAGCAACAAGAAACGAGCGUUAGAUCAUAAAGAGAAUGUUAAUUGUUAUAACAAGACUAAAAAUCAUCCAUUAUCGAUAGUUAUAUCGAUACCAAGUUGUACUUUAAAUGUUCGUGCUCAACCUUUACGAUCUUCAUUGGCUAUAGCAGCUACGGCAAUCAAAAUGGAACAGCAAUAUUCCCCUCAUUUAUAUAAUAAUAAUAAUGAUAGACGUAUUCAUUUUACUUCACUCGAUGAAUUGUCUAUCACUAAUACUGAUAAUAAACGUCCACAAAUGAUAGUAGCAACAGCCUCAACUGGACACUUUGGCAUUUCAGCAGCAGCAACAAAUACAAGUACAACAGUAGCACCAGCAUCAGCACCAGCACCAGCAGUAGCAAACUUUUCUUCCAUCUUUUCAUUGUCCUCACCCAUCAUUUCUCCUCAGACACAACAAAGGAUUGCUUAUAAUGGCUACCAAAAUAACUCAAUGCAUCACUGUAAUAGUAUACCUACAUCUCCUUUAGUCUUUAGGUUAACAAACAACAACAAACUCACUGCCGGUCAUGAAGGAAACAUGAAUCACGCCAAUUAUGAUUCAACAAACAUGUAUGCAUUACAGUCACCUUAUUUAUCUUCUCAAAGUGCAGAUACAAUCCAAAGCAAUAGUAAUACAAAUGAGCUUCAUAUUCCUUUUGAUUCUAGUAGUUACCAUCCACAGAUACCAUCCUAUUCGUAUCAGCAUACAUCUCAUCGACAGCAACAUGACGUCCAACAAUCGCCCUUAUCUUCAUCAAAUUAUUUAUCAAUGAGUUAUUAUAAUUCAAACAACAAAAAUUUAAAUGAAGUAGUGCCAAAAGUUAAAAAUUAUCAUAAUGUUAUAUCCAUGAAUACCAACUCAAUUCAACAACGAAUCCUGUUAGAGGAUGAAUAUGAAGAACAAGAACAAUUGCAGCGACAAAUAGGAUUUGUUCCUAUUACUCAUAGUAGUCAUGUAUCUACACUAAUGACGAAUACUAAUAAACUAGUCUCUAGAACAGAAAGCAAUUCUAAUAUUGACGCUACUAUUCGAUUACCUAUUAUUCGAUCUAGUCAUCACCAAUUUAUAAACAAUACAUCAAAUUGGACAUAGAGCGAUAUAUAUAUGUGUGUGUAUGUAUAUGUGUAUGUGUAUGUGUAUGUGUAUGUGUAUGUGUAUGUGUAUGUGUAUGUGUAUGUGUAUGUGUAUGUGUAUGU